AUGGAUUAAUAAAGCGGAGAAGACACUUAAUUAACACCCGAAUAAAUAUCUGAAGAAUUCACUAAAUUACAAAAAAGAUAUUUCACUUACGAAGAAGCAGGUAGUGAUUAAGGAAUAGUGUCUUAUGAAGGCACAAUUUCGGAUUUUUCUAAAUUACAAAAAUAAAUUAUUAGUAAUUCAUUAUUUUCUGCUAAUGAAUCAUUAGAAGAAAUCUAACCUGAAAAUCUUAAAUAUUUACUUCUUCCUUUUUAUAUGGGAUAGGUAUAUGGUAAAAUAAUAAAAGAAAGGCUUAAUAAACUAGAAUUUUCUUAAGUUUAUUUAAGUGAAUAUCUUAAAUUAUUAAAUCAUUAUGAUUUAGUUCCAAAAGAUCUUAAAAAAUAUUGGAAAAAUCUCAGUGAUGAUGGAAAUUAUUCUAUUACAAGAGAUGAAAAGAUAUAAUCAUUUAAAGAUUAAAAAGCAUUAGAAAAUAAAUUAAAUAAUUUGGAAAAAUUAAAUGAUGAGAAAGAUGCUAAAGAAACAAUUUUUAUAUAAAUGAAAAUUUGCAUGUACAAAGCAAUUGAUACUUUACGUUCAAAUAUAUAAGAAAUAGAAAUUCUAUAAUAUAAAGAAGCAAUUGAAAAAGACCCGAAAUUAAAAGCAGAACAUGAAAAAUAAAUGAGUAAACCUUUACCUAAACCUAAAAUGGUUUAAAUAGCAAAACCAGAUGAAAAAUCCACUCCAUAUAUGUUUGAUUCUAAAUAAGGGAAAUAUAUUUGCGAUGGUUGUGUAUAACCAGGUCUUAGAUAAGAAUUAUAAAGACAAGUUUUUACACCAGGUACUACUAUGCCUACUGUUACUUUAGAUUAAUUAGCAGAUCUUGAAAUUGCUAAUAUGAAAAAAUAGGAGGAAGCAUAAAAAUAAGCUGAAAUAUAAAAAAAAAAAUAAGAAGAUGAAGAUUCAGACAGAGAUUCUGCUGCAGAUUAAAAAUAAGAAGAAAAACGUUAUUGGGAUGAUUGGAAAGACGAAAAUGAGAAAGGGGCAGGAAAUAGAUUUGGAAAAUGAUUAUUUAUUUUUCAAAUUAAAAAUAAUUGAUAUUUUGUAAUAAAAUAUAUUUAUUUUUUUUAAUUUUUUAUAUUAUUUUGUAAUAAAAUUUAAUAAUAAUAUUAAUAAAUUAUUUAGA